AUGGGCACCCCAUUUCUUAGGCAAAUCAAGAAGCAAACUUCGUUUUUUCUACAAGAAAAGUACAAAGUUGCCCGGUUGAAAUUUACAGAUGUUACUGAAGCCGAACUGCUGGCUGAGGAGGCAACAAAUAAGGAACCGUGUAGCCCAGAUGCCAAAACCAUGACAAGAAUUGCUGAAGCAUCCUUUGAGGCCGACGAUUACUGGAGAAUUGUUGAUGUCCUUCACCAAAGAUUGGGGUGCUUUAACACCGAGGAGUGGAGGCGAUCUUAUAAAGCGCUGGUGCUGCUUGAGUUCUUGCUAACCCAUGGCCCAGAGCAGUUUGCUGUUGAGUUUCAAUGUGAUUCUGAAGUCAUUGAGGAACUCGGAAGUUUCACUCACAUUGAUGAAACAGGGUUUAACUGGGGAGCAAGGAUGCAGAAAAUAUCUGGCCAAAUACUGAAACUGUUACAAGGUGGACCCACACUAAGAGAAGCACGCUUGAAGGCUCUGAAAAUAACCAAUGAAAUCCAAGGCUUUGGAAGUUCAGAGUACUCUCCUUCAUCAGCAUCAAGCAGUUCAUCUUCUUCCGAGCCACAUUCUGCCUCUUCUUUCUCUCCAUACUCCUCCUCGACCGCCACUCCAACUUAUUUUGACUCCGUUACUGACCCCAACAAGAAUCCAUUUUCUCCCAUCAAAGAUUAUUCUCACGGAGGAAUAUGGUCAGAUGAAAACACGUUGGUCUUCAGGAAGAAGAAUAUGUAUAAUCAUAAUGAGGACGAGAACCAACUUUGGGAUGACCCUUCUGUUGAAGAAAGAGAUUAUUUGGUGGGUUCUGAUGUGGAGGAUGACGAUGAUGAUAAACCAAAAGAGAAACAAAAGUUAGGGUUUGUCAACAGAAUCUGCUCAAGAAUUACUGGUAGCAGCAAUGGCGGUUUUAGAGCCAAUUAUGAUAAUAAGAAAGUUGAGUUUGGAUGCCUCUCUGAUAAUGGACGCAGGGGCGAAAAUAAAAAGAAACUUCAACGCCAACAUUCUCUUUGGUACUAA